CCCCACCGGACCCGUGCAGCCGCUUCGCCCCUUGCUUUGGACCUCGGGCCUCACUUCUCCUCCAGAUGGACCCCGAGUGCUCCUGCCCCACUGGCGGCUCCUGCAGCUGCGCUGGCUCCUGCACCUGCAAGGCCUGCAGAUGCACCUCCUGCAAGAAGAGCUGCUGCUCCUGCUGCCCCGUGGGCUGCGCCAAGUGUGCCCAGGGCUGCGUCUGCAAAGGGGCCUCGGACAAGUGCAGCUGCUGUGCCUGAUGUCGCGGAGAGCCUGC